CUCGUCCCUACUCGGAUCUCAUCCUGGGAAUGUCCUAACUGUGCCCGCGGGGAGAACUUCACCCUCAGCCCGCGACUCGGAUCCGCGCCGUGGAAGUUGACAGCCUGGCUGCCCUGCUCCGGGAUCUGCCUCCUCUCACCCCCUCUCCCGCCCCCAGGACUGGCCGUGGGUGCGCCCCGAGGAGAGCCGACUGCCCUGGGCCGCCGCCGCCGCUGACCUCCGGCAGAGUUGAGCCAAAAUGUCCCCGGAAUCUAAAAAGCUUUUCAACAUCAUUGUCUUAGGCGUUGCCUUUAUGUUCAUGUUCACCGCCUUUCAAACUUGUGGGAAUGUGGCGCAAACUGUCAUCAGGAGCUUAAACAGCACUGAUUUCCACGGCAGUGGAUACACCAGCAUGGCAAUUAUUUAUGGAGUGUUCUCUGCUUCAAAUUUGAUCACGCCAUCAGUGGUUGCCAUUGUAGGACCUCCACUCUCUAUGUUUGCUAGUGGUUUGUUUUACAGCAUGUACAUUGCCGUUUUUAUCCAGCCUUUCACAUGGUCCUUCUACACAGCCUCUGUUUUCAUCGGAAUUGCAGCUGCUGUACUUUGGACAGCACAAGGAAACUGCCUCACAAUAAAUUCAGAUGAGCACACUAUUGGGAGAAACAGUGGAAUUUUUUGGGCACUCUUACAGUCGAGCUUGUUCUUUGGAAACCUCUACAUAUAUUUCGCUUGGCAAGGGAAAACGCAGAUCUCAGAGAGUGACCGGAGGACCGUGUUCAUUGCCCUGACAGUGAUUAGCCUGGUGGGCACAGUUCUUUUCUUUCUCAUUCGGAAACCAGAUUCCGAAAACAUCCUGGGAGAAGAUGAGUCUUCUGAUGACCAGGACCUGGAAGUCAACGAGUCUGCCCGGAGCAACAUGACAAAGGCAGUGGAUGCGUUCAAAAGGUCUCUUAAAUUAUGUGUCACCAAGGAGAUGCUCCUUCUUAGCAUUACGACUGCCUAUACAGGUCUGGAACUGACUUUCUUCUCUGGUGUGUACGGAACCUGUAUCGGCGCCGUCAAUAAGUUUGGGACAGAAGAGAAGAGCCUCAUUGGGCUUUCUGGCAUUUUCAUCGGAAUUGGAGAAAUUUUAGGUGGGAGCCUCUUUGGCCUGCUGAGCAAGAAUAACCGUUUUGGUAGAAAUCCAGUUGUGCUAUUGGGCAUCCUGGUGCACUUUGUGGCUUUUUACUUGAUAUUCCUCAACAUGCCCGGGGACGCCCCUAUUGCUCCCCUGGAGGGGACCGACAGCAGUGCGUACAUCAAGCCCAGCAAAGAAGUGGCCAUCUUGUGCAGCUUCCUGCUGGGUCUCGGAGACAGCUGCUUCAAUACACAGCUGCUCAGUAUUCUGGGCUUUCUCUACUCCGAAGACAGUGCCCCCGCGUUUGCAGUCUUUAAGUUUGUCCAGUCCAUCUGUGCGGCCGUGGCCUUUUUCUACAGUAACUACCUUCUGCUCCACUGGCAACUGCUGCUCAUGGUGAUCUUUGGGUUUUUUGGAACUGUGUCAUUCUUCACUGUGGAGUGGGAAGCUGCCUCCAUUGUCGCCCGGGGCUCUGACUACCGAAGCAUUUGAUCCAGGGAGCCAGCGAGAGGAGGGAGGCCGAGCCUCUGCAGCGGGCAGCGGGGCCCAAGGACAGCGUGGCGGAGACGCCACCUUUCAUUUUCAGUGUGUGGAUGGUGUUCAGUGUGGAAAAAUCGGAAGCAGGAUCCUACACCUGCUGGAGCCGGUACUCAAGUUUACAGACAUUCGCUCUUUGAAACAAGUGGGAAAAGGGAAACUUGUCCUGUCACUUAUAAUUGCUCAAAGAUGUUGUUUUUAACUCGUCUAUCUCAAGUUCUUUAUAAUCAUGUUAUCGAAUGUAAAUGUUUUCCUCUCCUACCCUCCUGUUUCCUUGAAAGAUCUUGCCUGGAUGCAAAUACAAGGCCAUAUGUCAAGUAGAGAUUCUCGCUGGGCAUCGAGUGUGUGUUUCUACGUAGUAACAGGGAGCAUAUGCUGCCCCGCAUGUGUGUCUGGGCGUGACAGUCGAAUAAAUGGCAAGAUGCUGGAGUGGAAUCUUAUCUCUGAAACGAUCUGCACGGUCUUCCUCUUUAAAUGUUUUGUUUGGUAAGUGUUCUUACCUUGCAGUUCAUAGUGAGGAGUGGCCAGCUAAUGAUUGUAGAGUGAGAUAAAAAUUGUCCUCAGUCUUAAAACAGGAAUCUAACAUUUGUAAAUGAACAAAAACACCAAAACACACACACAGUUAUUGGAGGAAGAUGUUUGCUGGUAAUUCUUCUAGAAAAUAUAAUACAAAAAAAAAGUGGGCUCUGAGCCAGUGGCAGGCUGCUCCAUGGAGCUGGCGCCAUUCCACACAUCUGGAGUCUGGGGCUGCAGUGUGACUACUCAGGGUAGAUGUUUACGUGGAAAUGUUAACUUUCUUCCAUAAGAGCUUGCUUAACAUUUUUUUUUUUGAAAUUUACAUAUAACUCAGAAACCAUGAAAUUCAUAAUUUUUAAUGUGUACAAUUUGGCGGGGUUUUUGUGUGCUUUCUUUUUUAAAUUCUAGAAUAUUUCAUCACUCCAAGAAGAACCCAUGCCUGUUAGCAGAUGCCCCAGUGUCUGUCCUGCCCUGGCAACCAUUGAUCCACUUUCUGUCUCUAUGGACUUGUCUGUUCUGGACAAAAAUAUAAAUGGGAGAGAUUGCUUUUAAAUGUGAUUUUUAACUGUACAAAUGAAGUUUAUGGCAAAGUACAUUAAGCCAAGAGGACAAACAUACCAUGUUUUCCAUUGUUGUUUUUAAAUCUGCUAGAAACGGUAUACUUGGUUUACAAACCUGAGGAAAUACAAUAAAGCGUGAUUUUCAGACUCGCGGGUAAGUGCAGGGAGUCAGGGGCCCCUGGAGUGGCCAGAACCCUUCGAGAGUUCCAUGUAUGUGGGGCACUGAACUCUUAUUCCAUGUUCUAGAGUUUAGGUUUUCUUUCUUGAAGUUGAGAUAAGCUCAUUUGGCUUAGUUGAUCCUUUGGAAAGAUUUGUGAUGCUAUUUCAGAAAUAAUUAAAUGAUUUUAUUACCCA